AUUCUAAUCAUCACAUUUUCAUUGGAUACGACACAAAAUGGGUCGUGGAGAGUACUACCGCAACAAGUACGGUGGUGGCCGUGGAGGAGGACGAGGUGGCCGAGGUGGCCGCGGCCGUGGCCGGGGAGACAGCGAAGGCUUUGACCGUGGCCAUAGUGGUCAUUACAAUGAUCGUCCGCGGACGCCACUAACCACUGCUUCGUGGGAACGAUUGGGCUACGUGCUGCAAGAGAUUCACAACCGGAACUACGGCGCGUACCAUGAACUAGAGCGUGUCUUCGAAUUUCAGAGCAAUGAUCUUCACUUCGCCCUCGAGUUCGACCACAUCCAGGGUGACCCGUACGCCAGUCCGUCGCGGUCCCACGUGACAGUCUCCGCUACGUCGGCUGCAUUCCCGGCCGAGAUGUACCAGGACAAGAUCCGUAACGUGGCCCUGUGUGACUAUUUAACCAGAGUAUUCGCGGCCAGUGCUCGUAGCUGUGGGGCCGAUGUCAAAACCAUCAGUAAUUCCUGGCAAGGGGUUAAAGGCGGGGAUAUCUCCAUUGAUACUCCAGGCCAACAUGUAAUCGAACGCUCGAGUGUCAAUGUGCUGGCCAAUGGAGACGUGGAGACCAGAUUCAACAUCAACUUGCCGGCCCGUGGCCGCAGUAUUUGUGGUGAUUGGGCAUACACGAUUUUAGUUGAAACCUUGCCGAAGCUAGUGGAGCAGUCGUUGGUACUCAAGAGUUUGGAUAAAAACCACAUAUGGCAGCAUCUUCACUCAGUAGAGGACCAGGAGGCACUGAGAGGGAUGCUGAAAGAUGCCGGCUUAGUAGGUUUUGUGCGUGAUGGAGCUGUUCUGCCUCGCCAGUCAGGAGCUUCGGAUCUCCCGUUGAGUAGUGACAAAGCUAUCCCGUUCAAGUCGCCGAAAUCGUUGAGUAGAACGUUCACACUUCCUAACUAUGGAGUUAUCACCGGUAUGGGGAUUCCUCAGGGUGUGACUUUGUUCGUCGGUGGAGGUUUCCAUGGUAAGAGUACAGUGCUGAAGGCACUAGAAGUUGGUGUGUACAACCACGUGCCGUCGGACGGGCGGGAGUUCGUGGUUAUGGAUCCCAACGCUGCCAAGAUCCGCUCAGAGGACUCACGUAGCGUGGUGUGCACCGAUAUCAGCGCGUUUAUCGACAACUUGCCGUUCAAGCAGGAUACAACCCGCUUCUCCACUGCUGACGCGUCCGGUAGUACUUCACAGGCGGCCAACAUUAUUGAAGCUUUGGAAGUUGGUGCGACGACGCUUUUGAUUGAUGAGGACACAUGUGCUACCAACUUUAUGAUCCGCGACUGGAAGAUGCAGCAGUUGGUGGCCAAGGACAAGGAACCCAUUACGCCAUUCAUCUCCAAGGUGCAGGCGCUUUACAAACAGCGUGGCGUCUCGUCAGUGCUGGUCAUUGGUGGCGCAGGUGACUAUUUUUCUGUAGCUGAUCAUGUUAUCAUGAUGGACUCGUACGAGCCGCGAGAUGUGACGACCGAAGCCAAGAAGAUCGCUAGUGAACAUGGAGAGAUCCGUCAGGACGCGGAGUUUGGCGAGUUUAAGUCACGCAUUCCUCUGGGUCGCGGGUUUGAGGUCAACGGCAAGGUUGUCUCGCGUGGCCUUGGCAAAAUUCAGUACGGCGAGGUUGAUCUUGACUUAAGCGCCGUGGAGCAGAUCGUGGAGCCCAGCCAAGUGCGCACAAUUGCUGAUGCUAUUCAGAAGACUCGUUCCUUCAUGGACGGCAAAUGCACUCUGGAGGAGGUGUUGAUCAAGCUUGAGGGUGAAAUGGACCGCACAGGCUCGCUCGACGUCGUUGGUUUCCAUAAGAAGUCAGGGUUUUACACUCGACCUCGCAAGCUCGAGCUGGCUGCCGCUAUCAACCGUCUUCGAACAGCUACGAUGACCCAGUAAUGCAGAAGGAUAAUAUAAUUACUGCUUGUUUUGCCUGGAGCAGGUAACGAGGUUGUGUCA